AUACGAGAUGGGGUGGUACGUAGCUCCCUUACAAAUGCAGAAGAUGUUACUUUUUAUGCUGCAAAGAGGCAGUAAGCCUUAUUAUUUGCGUCUCGGUAGUCUCUUUGUGGGAUCUUUGGAAGGUUUUUCAUCGCUAAUGAGCGCCACGAUAUCUUACUUCACCGUCAUUUAUUCAACACGACAAUAG